AUGCGGCACUAUCUUCCUAUCCUAUGCACUUUACUAGUGACAUUUGUCACGGUCUCUGCAACACCAAUUCAAACCCCUGCACCGAUCCCUCGCCUCUCACCACGAGAUGAGACCUCAACAACCACGACGAAAGUCUCAACGACGACUUUUCCCACAUCCACAACAACAGAAACAGGAUUCCAUCUGACACUGAGCUUGAACCUACCCAGCAACACUUGCACACCAACCAUCGCACCAGACAAGAAUGGAUGGGUUCCCGCAUCGGAAUGCAACGCCCUCUAUCUCUAUUACCCAUCCUUCAACAUAGCAAUUACAGUCGCCGUGCUCUUCGGUCUCCUCAUGAUGGCUCAUUUUGUUCAAGCUACCAUCUAUAAAGCGGGUUUUGCUUGGGUCAUUUUGAUGGGUGUUGCCUGGGAGUGCGUGGGUUAUGCCACCCGUGCAUUGAGUACACGCAAUCAACAGGAUACUACUAUUGCUACUGUUACCCAGAUUUUUAUUCUUUUGGCACCACUGUGGGUCAAUGCCUACUGCUACAUGGUCCUAGCUCGGAUGAUCUACUUCUUCAUACCAGAGCGUCAAAUCGGGAUAUUCAAACCUUCACUGCUAGCAACUGUCUUUGUCCUCCUGGAUUUCGGCUCUUUCAUCAUCCAGAUCAUCGGCGGUAUGAGCGCAAGCCCGGGCCAAUCCAACGAAGCAGCUAUGAAAGGAAUCCACAUAUACAUGGCAGGCAUUGGCAUCCAGCAAUUCUUCAUCGUUUGCUUCCUAGUCCUCGCCAUGCAAUUCCACAGACAGAUGCUACAAUUGGAACGUGCGAGCAGAUUAUUCGCGGACAAGCGACGGUGGAGACAUCUACUGUACGCUUUAUACGGGAGCCUUCUCUUCAUUACUGUGCGAAUCAUCUACCGCCUCGUUGAGUUCUCGGCCGGACAGACAACAGAUAACCUGAUACCCUAUCAUGAAUGGUAUAUGUACGUGUUUGACGCGGUGCCGAUGCUUCUUGCCAUUGUGGUUUGGAAUGUAGCCCCGCCUGGUGCGGUGUUACAGGGUGCUGAUGCUAAGUUGCCGCCCAGUGGACUUGGCAAACUUUUGACUUUUUGGAAUUGCUGUAAUUUGAAGCGGGAAAAGAAGAAGAAGAUGCAACGGAUUCCGGAAUUGGGAGAGGAGGAGAUGUUGCCGCUAAGGGAGACUUCGCCCUAUCGGCAACUACGCCAAAAACCUCACCACACAAAAGACACCUGCUACAAAACACCCACAGCAAAAACCUGCUUCAAAUUCCUCCACAAAACAGGCCGCAGCUUCAAUCCCGUCAUCAAUGACCUACACCCAGAGCUCUCAUUACCCAUCUGCAUCUUCUACCUUAUCCUGCGAGGCCUCGACACGAUCGAAGAUGAUACCUCGAUCCCACUGGAUAUUAAAGAACCGCUUCUCCGGGAUUUCAAGACUUAUCUUGACAUAGAUGGAUGGAACUACACGGGGAAUCGUCCAGAGGAAAAAGAUCGGGAACUGUUGGUUCAAUUUGACAAUGUUAUUGUCGAAUUUAGGAAGAUGAAGCCCGGUUAUGCGGGUAUCGUGCGGGAUGUCACGGGGAGGAUGGGGGGUGGUAUGGCGGACUAUGCGCGGAAGGCGGAUUUGGGGAUUGUUGGUGCUGUGACUAUUGCGGAGUAUGAUCUGUAUUGUUGGUAUGUAGCUGGUCUGGUCGGUGAGGGACUAACGAGGCUCUUCGUUGAAGCUGGGCUAGCGGAAACUGCUCUGAUCGAACAAGGUCUAUAUAAACCGAUGGGCCUCUUCUUACAAAAAACCAAUAUUAUUCGCGAUAUACGCGAAGAUCGAGACGACGGUCGACGUUUCUGGCCUGAAGAGAUUAUAUCCAGGCACGUUGGUACCUUCGACGACCUAUUCGAACUCGAGAAUCGUGGAGAUGCCCUCUCAUGCAGCUCCGAGAUGAUACUGGAUGCACUGCGGCAUGUCUGCGUUGUCCUGACAUACCUCGCUGGCCUACGCGAGCAAAGCGUUUUCAAUUUCUGCGCUACUCCUCAGUGCAUGGCUAUUGCCACGCUGGAGUUGUGUUUCUGCAACCCGGCACUAUUUGACCAGAGACUCAAGAUAGCUAAGGGGGAUGCGCUGAGACUGGUUGUUGAGGCUAGUCAGGGAAUGGAGAGCGUUUGUUAUGUGUUUUGUCGAUAUGUUGGUCGGAUUGAACAGAAGAUUCACCCCGGUGACCCUUGUUACUUGGGAGUCCGUGAUGCAUGUGAAGAGAUCCAGAGAUCUGCUAGGAAUUUAGCACUUGAAAGUGCUGAACGAGUUGUCGGUCGUAAGAAUGAGGGAAAGGCAUUGGACAUCAAUGAGGGAGAACCUAAGCAUCAGCCCGGCGCUUUUCAAGAUACUCGAUCUGUCGUUGGGCGAGCUGCAUCUUUAACGGGUAUCGCAUUGCUGAUACUAGGAAUCGGGUGGCUCAUCACAGCCCGUUGGAACAUCGCCUGA